AUAAAACCCCUCUCGCUUCCCGUUCACAAAAUCCGUCCUUGAUCCCCAGAUCCCCACUAAAAGGAUCAGAAGAAAGGAAGAAGCGGCCGCUUCUCUUCUUUGCUUUUCUUCUCUCCCAUUCCUUCUGCGCGGUGGCACGCGGGACAUAUGGCCGCUAUCAGCAGCGUCGCCUCGCCGUCGAGGUGUCUACCUCUUCCCUCCCGGCCCGAGCCGAAGCCGCGGACUUCUUCUUUUCUCUCCACCUCCCUGCCCUUCUCCCCUCCCCCCUCCUCCACGACAUCCCUCGUGCCUCCUGCCCCUCUCUGGAGGUCCGAACGUGCGCGGAGGGAUCGGGCCAUCGCUGCGUCGGUGACGGCGGCGGAGGACCUGGACGUGAUCCCCGUGCAGAGCCCUGACUCGACGGAUCAGCAGGACGGGGUUGUCGCCGUGGCUGCGGGGAGAGAGCAGGAGGAGGAGGACGGCGGUGGGAGCAGUAGUCACAGCCAGGUCGGAGGAUUCGCCUUCCAGAGCGGAGGGGUUGGUAGCGUGACCGGCGGUGGCGGCGGUGGGGAUUUCUCCUCUUCUCCGUCGUCUUCGUCUCUGGAAGAAGGCGAGGAUGUGCAUCGGUUCGUGGAUCGAGCGAUCAAUGCCGCGAUCGUGCUCGCGGUGGGGACCUUUGCCAUCACCAAGCUGCUCACCAUCGAUAGGGACUACUGGCAUGGGUGGACCCUUUAUGAGAUCCUAAGAUAUGCACCCCAACACAAUUGGACUGCUUAUGAGGAAGCCUUGAAAACAAACCCUGUUCUGGCCAAAAUGAUGAUAAGUGGAGUGGUUUAUUCUCUAGGAGAUUGGAUUGCACAGUGCUAUGAAGGAAAACCACUUUUUGAUUUUGACCGUGCGCGCAUGUUCAGAUCUGGUCUUGUUGGUUUUACUCUACAUGGGUCCCUUUCUCAUUACUAUUACCAAUUCUGUGAGGCUCUUUUUCCUUUCCAGGAUUGGUGGGUGGUUCCUGCUAAAGUGGUGUUUGACCAAACUGCUUGGGCUGCAAUAUGGAACAGCAUUUACUAUGCAGUCCUGGGAUUUUUGCGUUUUGAAUCACCAGCUAACAUAUUCAGUGAACUGAAGGCUACAUUUUGGCCAAUGCUAACAGCAGGGUGGAAGCUUUGGCCUUUUGCUCACCUGAUUACUUAUGGUGUUAUACCAGUAGAACAGAGACUUCUCUGGGUGGAUUGUGUGGAGCUGGUGUGGGUGACCAUAUUAUCCACUUAUUCAAAUGAGAAAUCUGAAGCCAGAAAUUCAGAGUCAAACGAUCCAUCCGCUGUUCCUGAGGAAUUGAUAAAGUAGAUGGCAAAACCAGACGUUGUGUUGGCUGGGAUGUUGCGGGAAUCAUUACCACAGAUUUUUGGUGACUGGAAAUACAGCUAAAGCUGCCCCAGUGUUCAUCAAGCGGGUGCUGUAUAGAGCAUGUAUAAUAAACAACAGCAAUAGUUCUUUAAUGAGAACUAGUUUUGACAUACGGAAUUCCCAUAUAGAAUGCAGUAGGAAUUGGCUGUUGCGAAUGUAAAUAUGAUAUGGCUUCUUGUAUCAGUCAUACAGGGUUGAUUCAAAUAUGUAUUAUUCUUGUAUGUAUGCUUUAUAAUUACCCAUCCUCUAGAUGGUUUUGCCACGA